GAUAAUCAUUAGAUUCAUGAUCGCUUCGGGCCCGUAAAUGAGUUUGUUUUUAAUCAGUUGUAGUGGAAAAUGGAGGGGAGCGGCGGAUAGCUGUUGAUCACGCAUAAUCAUUUCCACUACAUUCAUCAAACCGAACCCGCGGAGAAUGGGUCUUCUGAAGUUUCAGUUAAGUGGAAAGAUGGGCUGUGGGCCUAGUUCCAGGCAGAACAGCAAGGAGCUCAAGUUGCCCGGAGCCAACCUCAUCUUCAACCACGGACAACUGCAAGCUCUGAACAAUUAUUUUUCAGAAAUCAUCGAUUAUUCAGACUAUUUUACAAGAGAUCCAGCACAGGAAAAGAGCCUUGUCCUGAUCGAAAGAUUAAUCCAAAGACUGAUUUGUGGCGUUGGGACGUUGGACAGCCGGUUUUCUUCUAAGCACCUAAUUUGUUUAGAGCCACAUAAAUUGACGAAUAAGCCUGGAAACAGUUUGAGUUAUCUGGUGAGACUGGACGAAUUAUCAACCCCCCAUCUGUAUCCGGAAAACGGAGGCCCAUCUUGUCAACUGAUCGAACCAGAAGGCGGCCCGCAGGGAUUUGCUAAGGUUCGGAUUUCUGGACCGGGUUCGGAGCAGUGGGCCGAGUUUAUCGGCAAUCAAGGUUUCCUUCGCAGGGACAAGAUGCAGGAACGGUUCGUGGAACUUCUGGCCGGUUCUGCCGGCCGCAGCACCCUCGUCGGAAGACCUGCAGAAGUCGACGAAAGCGCGCUCUGCGGAAGCCCGGGCAAAGUCAUCGACGCGACUCACGUACAGAGGCUACUUCAGGCUUCGCCAAGACAAGUAUUCUACGGUUCAGGAGAAGGGAGCGUCAAGAAAUUUCCGGAUCCCAGAGAUUUCAGAAUAGCCAUUGUCGAGGGUUGUUCGUGCGUGAGACUGCGAGUCGGUAUGAUCUACACAACAGAGGUCGGCGUUGAAACUGAUGUCGAGGUAACAUUAGUACUCGGAAUUGGAUUUACGUCGUGGCCAAGCACAGCUCAUUUCCCGACGAGAAUAUAUUUAACCCAUCCCGACUUCCUCCUUUAUCACCAGGUCUCCUGUACGGGUUUUUACGUGGUACCGGCUCCACCGCAUCCGACUCUGAGGUGCGACGACAGGCCGUCGACGUGGCAGAUCAGGUUUCCCGCUGCAGAACAAUCUCUUCUGAAGCACUACUCUGCCAACAGUCUUCCUUCUCGGGUUCUCGCCGUGCUUCGUGCUCUCCUGCACGAAAUCCGCUGCACCAACAAUGGAGGACAGGUCAUCAGUGACUACAUGCUGAAAACUUUGCUGUGGUUUCGGUUGGAAGAAGUGGUCGGCCUGAAAGACUGGACCCACGACAAGUUGGCUAUACACGUCCUCGUUAUCGCCGACAGGCUUGUUUCCGCUUUACGAACACAAAGGCACAGCUCCUACUUUUUCCCAUGGUUUAACAUAAUGCUGAAUUCCCCCGGAGGCGGUACACUGCAUUACACCGAAGAGGAUUACAACCACGACGCAGACCUGCUAACUUACCAUCUUCGGCGGUUCACGGACAUCGCCCCGUGUAGCGGUGACCCGGAUCCAUGGCGUCGGGUGGAGACGGCGAUGAUAGACAAAUGGAUAUCGGUUUUGACAGAUCUCACUCCUCCACAGGCGACUCGGGGGACGCGCAUGUCUUUCUAUCCUUUAUCAUCCUCCGGCUAUUCGACUAUCGCGGCCUCACAGUAUUCAAACCGCCAACUUACGUAUAUUGGGCAUCUCCUAAGAUGUAUGUUAAACGUCCGUUCGUUGACUCUGAGCAAAACGAACAGCCUUCCCUGGUUUCAAGGACAUGCACCAGAGAAUAAUGCAAAUAGCGAGGACUUGGUCUAUCUCAUAUCCACGAUUCUCGAACAGGCGAAAUAUUCGUUUUUCGGCAUGACUAAGCAGUUCCAUGGCAUUAAAAACAAAUCAAAGGCCAAGACCGUUUCAGAAUCUUACGACAGCGCUGCUAACCAGCUUCUGGAAGAUAUCAGAAACGAUAAAAAGCAGAUUGACAUCACGGACGACAACGUGGUUGUUAGAGAUGUCCUCAAAUGGCUCUACUAUGGCCUGGACAAGGACCGCAAAUAUUUGGCACCUGUAUUGAGACCAUAUCUGGCCAAACUGUUUAACGUUUCCCACGAAAACUGCUGGUACAUUCCUGACUGGUCGAGAAGGCAGGACACCGAUGAAAUCGAGUCCCUGUCCAAAUUCUGCAAACUAGUCGUAAACGGUAAUAUCAACGCAAACGACGGAAUCGUCGACGCCUUUCAUAAAGGCUGGAGCUGGGCUGAAUCAAUAAUAAAAACAACUUCUGAACUGGCAGACGGGGUUGAAUUGAUAUUCACCCCUUUUCCCGGUAAAGUCAUCCGUCACAAAGUCGUAGAUAGCAAGUUGGACCUCACAAAGAACACUAUUUCUAGAAGUCUCGGUAGAAAAAAAGUUGUAAGUGAACAGAAGGGAUUUUCCUCCGCCACCUUACCCAAACAUAUUAAGCCAUUCAGAGAGUGCCUUCAAUCGAGGCUACAGAGAACAACAGUGGAUGACGAUCUUCUCACGACAUCCCACAACAUAUUGAAAUCUUCCAGCCCGAUGACACAGACGAUAGAAAGUAUACAUCGAUACGGCAACCACAGGGGUAUAGGGAGCAUCGUCCACUCUUUAAUUACAUUGCGGAAAUUUUCGAUAUUACAAGAAGUCUGCGCCAUUCUUCCCGAGAGCGACAGGGCUCAAAUAUUGGAUGAAAUCCAGCGAGUUAGCAAGGAAGCCAGGCGACCCAGGCGACUUGCCAGAACGAUAUCGGCUCGCAUGAAACCUACACAAAUUUACAGGUCAACUAACGAGCUUUCAAACCUGCAGAACGAUGAAAAGGAUGAGGAGGCGGGUGGGACUUUAAUGGGCACGUGUCGGCAGCUGCGAAAUCGCAACUCUCACCCUUCCGUCUUUAACCCUGCGUUCUUCAGGGCGCCGGAAACAGAGGCUGUAUCGCCGUUGUACGUCAACCCGCCGAAAAGGGUGGGCAGCCUGUCCAACGAGUCCGAGAUGAUGUAUCUGAUGAGGAGCACUCGUAGGAAGAGCCUGAAAAGAAACGAAGUCACGACGAACCUCUGAUCCAAGCCCGAAGUGAUGACUCAGGAGGUGCCCUUGAGGAUCAUUUGCUACAAGUCAUCCACCCCUAGAAGACUACUUAAACAAUAAAUAAAUUGUGAAUUUAUUGAUAAUGUAUUAGUAUUAUGUACAUAUUUUAGAGAUAAUUAUUUAUAUUGCUAAACACUUAACUUAAAAAUAAAUUUAUGGUAGUAACAUAGCGUGACUGUAUUUACGGAGAAGAUACACAAGAAAAUAAGUAAGAAAAUAGAGCAAGAAGACAAUAUAGUUUUUUAUUUGUUCUUUAUAUUGUAAAUGGAUAAUCAUUAAGGAGUGUUGUCACUGAGUAAAGUUUUCUGCAAGUGACACAAACUGUAUCAACCAUCAUCAUUAGAAAAUAUUUACUUAAUACAAUUAUGGUGGUCAAUGACACAGAAAAAAACAUAACAAUUAAUAAUUAAGAUUUACCGGAAACAACUUUUGUGCCUGCACUGUCUCUGGACAAUAAAUAUUUCUUAUCAUUGAUAAUUAUAUGUUAGUUUACUAAAUGAUGUUUAAAGUGUUUACGGUUAUUCAUUUUUGAAACCAAACGAACAGCAAUUACCUUGUACUAUGAAAUAUUAAAUUAUA